GCCAGAUAACGGUAUCGGAAGAACUGCUCUGGAACCUGAACCCCUCGAUUCUUUGCUCACGAUGGUGGUUAAUUCAGUUCCCAGUCCCACAUCGUCACCGUCGGAGGCGGAAGUGUUUGAUGCUUCCAUCGAUCGACAAUUUUCUUACUAUCGUCCGCAUCCGUUCGUGUUCACAAUGUACUCUCCAAGCUACAACCCGUACUACGGCCCAUCGCAUCCCGGAGGAGGCCCGGUGUCGGCUCCAGGCCCGCCGUAUCCGGUGUACUCAGCGGCUGAUAGCUCACCGGGUCACAGCACCAAGUACGGACCUCCACCUCCCAGUUCGUCCGGCUACGGUGGGGGCAGCAGCAGUGGCCACGGAGGUAGCUCGUACGGACCACCUGGACCUCCUUCCGGUGGAUACGAGUAUCAUCACCAUUCACCACCACCGCACCCACCUGUGUCACACCCCAUUCCGGUUCACAUUUCCAAGUGGAAACCGAAGAAGGGCAAAGGUGCAGCAUUGUCCGCGUUGACCCUAUUGGCGUUUUUGUACUUUUUGAACUUGCUGCAGAGUUGCUUGAAGGAACAUAUGGACACCAUGAAUCCGACGGUCAUGGUGAUGACUGCAGGAGCAACUCGCCGGAAGGAUGUUGAGGAUGUGCUGACCGGUGAAAAGGAUGAAAUGAUCGGAGCGUAUGAUGUCAGUGAUCAUGGUUAUGGUACGGUUGACGGUAAGUAUCACCUGCUCACAACGAGUGGCAACCAGACUGAUGGUUUCGAUGGCGGAAAGAAGCAUGUCUCCAGAAUACGAAAAAUAAUUGGCCCUGGACCGAAGCAUCGUGAUACUCAGAGUGAAGUGAUUUAUUAUGAAUACUAUUGAGAAAGUAUGCUCAUACGAUGAGAACUGCUGUAUAAUUAGGUGAUCAUUGAGAAUUAUAAGCUUACUGAAAUAGUUUUAUAGCAUAUUACAUCAUCAUGACGAAACUAGAGAAUAAAAUAAUAAUAUUUAAGUCA